CCGGGCGCCGAGACGCGCCCCGCUGGGCAGGGCCCGGGCCGGGCCGGGGGGUCCGCCCCUGCUGCUGCCGUCCAUGCUUAUGUUCGCGGUGAUCGUGGCCUCCAGCGGGCUGCUGCUCAUGAUCGAGCGGGGCAUCCUGGCGGACAUGAAACCCCUUCCCCUGCACCCGCCCAGCCGCGAGGGCGCGGCCUGGCGCGCCACAGCCCCCAAGCCUGGGGCACCAUCCCCGGAGGCCGGGGACUCGGAUCAGCGAGUGCUGCAGGACGUCCGGAACCGGACUUUGCGGGCGGUGUGUCGGCAGCCAGGCAUGCCACGGGACCCCUGGGACCUGCCGGUGGGUCAGCGGCGCACCCUGCUGCGCCAUAUCCUUGUGAGUGACCGCCACCGCUUCCUUUACUGCUACGUCCCCAAGGUGGCCUGCUCUAACUGGAAGCGGGUGCUGAAGGUACUGGCGGGCGUCCUGGACAGCGUGGACGUCCGCCUCAAGAUGGACCAUCGCAGUGACCUAGUGUUCCUAGCGGACCUGCGGCCGGAGGAGAUUCGCUACCGCUUGCAGCACUACUUCAAGUUCCUGUUUGUGCGAGACCCUUUGGAACGCCUCCUCUCUGCUUAUCGUAACAAGUUUGGUGAGAUCCGCGAGUACCAGCAACGCUAUGGAGCCGAGAUUGUGAGGCGGUACCGGCCUGGAGCCGGACCUAGCCCAGCGGGAGAUGAUGUCACCUUCACGGAAUUCCUGAGAUACCUGGUGGAAGAGGACCCAGAGCGCAUGAACGAACAUUGGAUGCCUGUGUACCACCUGUGCCAACCCUGUGCUGUGCACUACAACUUUGUGGGCACCUAUGAAAGGCUGGAAGCUGAUGCCAACCAGGUGCUGGAGUGGGUGGGGGCACCACCCCAUGUCCGGUUCCCGGCUCGCCAGGCCUGGUACCGGCCAGCCAGCCCCGAAAGCCUGCACUACCACCUGUGCAGUGUCCCGCGAGCCCUUCUGCAGGAUGUGCUCCCUAAGUAUAUCCUGGACUUCUCCCUCUUUGCCUACCCGCUGCCCAAUGUCACCAGGGAGGCCUGCCACCAGUGACCAUCGGUGUGAAGGCAGCAGCUUUUGGGGACUGGUUUUGAUGCCAGCUUCUUGUGCUUCUUCUUGCCAUUCAGAGAAACGCUGGCUCUGGAGCUUGGGGCUUUUCCAGAAGCCGGGAUGGCAGGGACUGCUCCAGGAGCUCCUAGGCCAGGAUGGGUACCCACAGUGGCACAGAGACAGGUGGAAACCGGAGGCUGCUGCUCCCCACUGGGAUAUCUUGAGUGCCAGUGUGAUCUGGUUUGCUUUGUCCCAUCUACUCCAGCGACUCUUCAAGCUCCUGGCUGCAGGGAUUGUACGCUGCACUUUGUCCACCUUAGUUUAACCCGUGGCCGACCCCAGAGGUGGCACCAGCCGGGGGCACUGACCCUGUGCCUUUGACCCACCCACCUCCAUCUAGCCCGUGUGCCUCAGGACUGGAGUAAGCAGUUGUGCCUUGUAAAUGAAAUGACUUUGGUGCCUUCCUGCUCCAGGCAGCAUUCGCUACACUUGCCAGAUUUUUGUCCCAUUUUUUUAAGGAAAGGAAAACAGAGGCAAGGCCUUUGCCUGGUAGCUCCAGCACCCAGCCCUGCAGGCAUCCAAAUAUCCAGCCUCCUCCUAGAGCUCUGGGAACAUCUUGCCUGGUCCUCUCUCCCCUCCCUGCAAGGCCUUCAAGGUUGUGACUGUGGCUGGCAUAUCUGGUUGCCACUUUUCUGAUACAUUUAUUUAAAAUUUGUACUUUUUGAUAGAAUCUUUAUAAGCCCACCAGCUGAUUUUUUAAUAAAGCUAUUUGUAUACAAAGUGAA